GCCUCCGAUAUUUUUCUAGGCCUUAAUUGAGAGCGGCUCCGUUCCAGAGCAGGAGUCGCAACUGUCAAAGCGGGUACUGAAACCUGAAAUGAUGUGAAGAAUUCUGUUCAGCUGAAAUGGAGAAGACUCAGAAGAGCUUCACUCUCAUUCAGACUGUGGCCACCGCUGGCAUUUUCUCUGCGAUCUCGUUUUGGUACGGUUUCAUGUUCGGCAGAGAGUCCUCUCGCAAAGAGCUUGGUGACUUAAUCGAAGAUCUCCGUCGGGGAAACCCUUCCUCCGGUUCUCAUUCUUGAAUCGGUAGUUCUCGUCUCUCUUCGUGGUCUCGCUUUUGGACUUCCUUGUUUCCAGUGCCCAUUGAAUUCGAUCUCACUUCUAAUUGAUUUGCGAUUUGCGCAAUUCAAUACAAAGUUAACUGUUUGUAGAUACGGCAGACUAUUUUCCUACUGUAGGCUUGUAGCCUUUUCAUGCACAAUUAUCAUUUGGCACUUGUCCUUUGAUGAAUAAGCUUCGUGUUGACUCAUUUUUAUGCAAUGUCGAA